AUGUAUAAAAUGGAAUAUUCUUACCUCAAUUCCUCUGCCUACGAGUCCUGUAUGGCUGGGAUGGACACUUCGAGCCUGGCUUCAGCUUAUGCUGACUUCAGUUCCUGCAGCCAAGCCAGUGGCUUUCAAUAUAACCCUAUAAGGACCACUUUUGGGGCCACCUCUGGCUGCCCAUCCCUCACUCCAGGAUCCUGCAGUCUCGGCUCUCUUAGGGACCACCAGAGCAGUCCAUACGCAGCAGUUCCUUACAAACUCUUCACCGACCACGGGGGUUUAAACGAGAAGAGAAAACAGAGGCGGAUCAGAACCACGUUCACCAGCGCCCAGCUCAAGGAACUGGAGAGGGUGUUCGCAGAGACUCAUUACCCUGAUAUAUACACCCGUGAGGAGCUGGCACUCAAGAUAGACCUCACCGAGGCGAGAGUGCAGGUCUGGUUCCAGAACCGCCGCGCCAAAUUCCGCAAGCAGGAGAGGGCGGCGGCGGCGGCGGCGGCGGCCGCCAAGAACGGGGCGGCCGGCAAGAAGUCCGACGCCUCCCGCGACGACGAGAGCAAGGAGGCCAAGAGCACCGACCCCGACAGCACCGGCGGCCCCGGCCCCAACCCCAACCCCGCUCCCAGCUGCGGCGGAGGCGGUGGCGGCGGACCCAGCCCCGCCGCCGGGCAGGGAGCGGCAGGGCCCGGCGGGCCGGGGGGCGAGCCGGGCAAGGGAGCGGCGGGGCCUGGCGGGCUGGCGGCGGCGGGGCCAGGGCAGGGCUGGGCGCCGGGGCCCGGGCCCAUCACCUCCAUCCCCGACUCGUUAGGCGGCCCCUUCGCCAGCGUCCUCUCCUCGCUGCAGCGGCCCGGAGGCACCAAAGGCAGCCUCGUCAAGAGCGGCAUGUUCUGA